AGUUCCUUUUUCUUAAAACAACAUAAGACAGGAAAACAUCACAUCCUUUAGGUUUCGAAGACUGAGCCCAUUUUAAACGCCGUUAUUUUCCCCACCCCACCGCCCCACGCCCCCCGCCCCGAGCGAAUGCUGUUAUAACUGGUUUAUCAGCUCACUGAAUCAUCUGCUCUCUCCUCCUCCACACCUUUCUUUUUCUCCUCUUGCCCAGUUUCUCAUCCCACCCUUUCUUCCUCCUCCUCCUCCUCCCUCUACUCCCCCCCUCCUUUUCUCUUAAGUUAGUUCAAGAAAUCAAAUCUGUCAGGACGGGCGGAAAAAUGCCACUUCCCGACUAACAGGCGGAAUCCAGCCCAGAUUUUCAGUCCUUUCUUCUUAUUCUUUCUUCCCUUUCACUAAUUUAUCCCGAUGUUAGCACAUUCUGUCUCGUUACUAGCGGACGCCUGUAGGUUUGCUACAUGGGAUCAUUACUGAUCACGGUGACUCUGAAGUCUGGAACUGAAGGCGGAAUGAGAAGUUGGGAAAACUUUUUUCUCUAAACUCUCUGUUUUUUAAAAAACUAUUAUUCUCGAUGCUUGUUAAGAGGAAAAAAAACCUUUGGUGCUUCUGUUGUGAAUGUGAAACAUUAUUUUCCAGCUGUACAGUGACACAUUUUUUUUAAGGAGAAAAGGACUGAUUCGUUUGCCAAAAGGGGGGUGGGGAGGUGGAAUAAUGUUAUCGAGUGAUUAUUCUGGCUGAGAUGUGUUAUUUGGUUUCUUCCUUCUUGAUCAUUUGGUGUUUAAGUAAAAUGAGGCACAGGCUUGUUUGCCGAGUGGAGUGGGAAAGGCAUUUUGAUUUGCUGGCCUAAUUAAAAAAUGAUAAAGGAUUAAAAGGAAAAGGUGGACCUGGACUGAGGGUGUAAAAUCCCUGGACACAUUCGUGAGGCAGGAAAAAGAAGAGGAAGAUUAGAAGAUUUUUUUUUUUCUUUGAGAGAAAGCCCAGCGGAGAUAAACGAAUGUCCCCUCAUCUCCAAAGAAAAGUUCAUCGGAUUUUUAUUCUAGAGAGCUCAUCUUCAGGAUGUCAGUGAACAUUUCUACUGCAGGAAAAGGUGUGGAUCCAAAUACAGUUGAUACUUAUGACAGUGGCGAUGAUUGGGAAAUCGGGGUUGGAAAUUUAAUAAUUGAUUUGGACGCUGAUUUGGAGAAGGACAGACAGAAAUUUGAGAUGAAUAAUUCCACCACCACCACUAGUAGCAGCAACUCCAAGGAUUGUGGAGGUCCGGCCUCCAGUGGGGCUGGUGCUACCGCAGCCUUAGCUGAUGGCCUAAAAUUUGCUUCUGUUCAGGCCUCUGCUCCCCAGGGGAAUUCACACAAAGAGACCAGCAAAUCAAAAGUGAAAAGGAGUAAAACUUCUAAGGAUGCUAAUAAAUCUCUGCCUUCUGCUGCCUUGUAUGGGAUUCCCGAGAUCAGCAGCACUGGCAAGAGGCAGGAAGUCCAAGGGCGCCCUGGAGAGGCAACUGGCAUGAAUUCAGCGCUCGGUCAAAGUGUGAGCAGCGGCGGCAGCGGCAACCCAAACAGCAAUAGUACCAGCACCAGCACCUCUGCCGCCACCGCGGGGGCAGGCUCCUGUGGGAAAAGCAAAGAGGAGAAGCCAGGUAAAAGCCAGAGCAGCCGAGGCGCCAAGCGGGAUAAGGAUGCGGGGAAAUCCAGGAAGGACAAGCACGACCUGCUUCAGGGCCACCAGAAUGGCAGUGGCAGCCAGGCCCCUUCCGGGGGGCACCUCUAUGGCUUUGGGGCCAAGAGCAAUGGAGGUGGCGCGAGCCCCUUCCACUGCGGGGGCACUGGGAGUGGCAGCGUCGCCGCUGCAGGGGAAGUUAGCAAAAGUGCCCCGGAUUCAGGGCUCAUGGGAAACUCUAUGUUGGUAAAGAAGGAAGAGGAGGAGGAGGAGAGCCACAGGCGAAUCAAGAAACUGAAAACUGAGAAGGUUGACCCCCUGUUUACAGUGCCAGCGCCACCACCGCCGAUUUCCAGCAGUCUCACGCCUCAGAUUCUACCCUCCUACUUUUCCCCAUCUUCAUCCAAUAUUGCAGCACCGGUUGAACAGCUUUUGGUUCGGACUCGUUCUGUGGGUGUCAAUACAUGUGAAGUUGGAGUAGUGACAGAGCCAGAGUGUCUUGGGCCCUGUGAACCUGGGACCAGUGUGAAUUUGGAAGGGAUCGUGUGGCAUGAAACGGAAGAAGGUGUCCUAGUGGUCAAUGUCACGUGGAGGAACAAAACGUACGUGGGAACCCUACUGGACUGCACCAAGCACGACUGGGCCCCUCCCAGGUUUUGUGAGUCACCGACAAGUGACCUGGAGAUGAGAGGGGGCCGGGGCAGAGGGAAGAGAGCAAGGUCUGCUGCUGCUGCCCCGGGCUCCGAGGCCAGCUUCACAGAGUCCAGAGGGCUGCAGAAUAAGAACAGAGGGGGGGCCAAUGGGAAAGGGAGGCGGGGCAGCCUCAAUGCCAGCGGACGAAGGACACCCCCAAAUUGUGCUGCUGAGGAUAUCAAAGCCAGCCCUUCCUCCACCAACAAAAGGAAAAACAAGCCUCCAAUGGAGCUGGACCUGAACUCCAGCUCUGAGGACAAUAAGCCUGGAAAGCGUGUCCGCACAAAUUCCAGAAGCACUCCCACUACCCCUCAAGGGAAACCAGAGACUACUUUUUUGGACCAAGGCUGCUCUUCUCCAGUGUUAAUCGACUGUCCCCACCCAAACUGCAACAAAAAGUACAAGCACAUUAACGGCCUGAGGUACCACCAGGCUCAUGCACACUUAGACCCAGAAAACAAGCUGGAGUUCGAGCCUGACAGUGAGGACAAGAUCUCGGACUGUGAGGAAGCAUUGAGUAAUGUGGCACUUGAAUGCAGUGAGCCAAGCACAAGUGUAUCUGCUUAUGACCAGUUGAAGGCACCGGCAUCCCCUGGUGCUGGAAACCCACCUGGGACCCCAAAGGGAAAGAGAGAGCUGAUGAGCAAUGGCCCAGGUUCCAUUAUUGGUGCUAAAGCUGGGAAGAAUUCUGGCAAAAAGAAGGGCCUUAACAAUGAACUGAACAACCUUCCAGUAAUCUCCAACAUGACGGCUGCGUUAGACAGUUGCUCGGCUGCAGACGGCAGUUUGGCUGCUGAGAUGCCUAAACUGGAAGCAGAAGGAUUAAUUGACAAGAAAAAUUUAGGAGAUAAAGAAAAGGGCAAAAAAGCUAACAACUGCAAAAUGGACAAAAACCUCUCUAAACUGAAAAGUGCCCGGCCCAUUGCCCCUGCCCCAGCCCCCACUCCCCCGCAGCUAAUCGCUAUACCCACUGCAACCUUUACAACGACCACCACUGGGACAAUACCCGGACUGCCCUCCCUCACAACAACUGUUGUUCAGGCUACACCAAAGAGUCCUCCGUUAAAACCCAUUCAACCAAAGCCCACGAUUAUGGGAGAGCCCAUCACCGUGAACCCAGCUCUGGUGUCACUCAAAGACAAAAAGAAAAAGGAGAAGCGAAAGCUAAAGGACAAAGAAGGGAAAGAGACGGGAAGCCCAAAAAUGGAUGCCAAGCUGGGGAAACUAGAGGACUCCAAGGGGGCCAGCAAAGAUUUACCUGGGCAUUUUUUAAAGGAUCAUCUCAACAAGAAUGAAGGGCUGGCAAAUGGACUGUCGGAGUCUCAGGAGAGCCGCAUGGCCAGCAUCAAAGCUGAGGCCGAUAAGGUUUACACUUUCACAGAUAACGCUCCCAGCCCUUCCAUAGGGAGCGCCUCGAGGAUGGAAUGCAGCACUUUGGUGAACGGGCAGGCACCAAUGGCACCUCUGCAUGUGUUGACCCAGAAUGGGGCAGAGAGUUCAGCUGCAAAGACAAGCAGCCCGGCCUAUUCAGACAUAUCCGAUGCUGCUGACGAUGGUGGUUCUGACAGCAGGUCGGAGGGUAUGAGAUCAAAGGCCAGUUCCCCAUCAGAUAUUAUUUCUAGUAAGGACAGUGUUGUAAAAGGGCACUCUUCAACUACAGCACAAUCAUCUCAACUGAAAGAGUCCCAUUCUCCCUAUUACCACAGCUAUGAUCCUUAUUAUUCUCCAAGUUACAUGCACCCUGGGCAGGUCAGUGCCCCUGCAGCUGGAAAUAGUGGGAGCACGCAGGGAAUGAAGAUCAAGAAGGAGUCUGAGGAAGAUGCUGAAAAGAAAGACAAGGCAGAGCAGUUAGAUUCUAAGAAAGUGGACCACAAUUCUGCAUCCUUACAGCCUCAGCACCAGUCGGUGAUCACACAAAGACAUCCUGCCCUGGCUCAGUCACUUUAUUAUGGCCAGUAUGCAUAUGGGCUCUAUAUGGACCAGAAGUCUCUGAUGGCCACCAGCCCUGCCUAUAGACAGCAGUAUGAGAAGUACUAUGAGGACCAGAGGCUGGCAGAGCAGAAAAUGGCCCAGACUGGGAGAGGAGACUGUGAAAGGAAAAGUGAGCUCCCCUUGAAAGAGCUGGGCAAGGAGGAAACUAAACAGAAAAAUAUGCCAUCGGCCACAAUCUCAAAAGCUCCCUCUACUCCGGAGCCUAACAAAAACCAUUCUAAACUAGGGCCAUCAGUGCCUAAUAAAACUGAGGAGACAGGUAAAUCGCAGCUUCUCUCCAAUCACCAGCAGCAGCUUCAGGCCGACAGCUUCAAAGCUAAGCAGAUGGAAAACCACCAGCUUAUUAAGGAGGCUGUAGAAAUGAAGUCUGUCAUGGACUCUAUGAAGCAGACAGGUGUAGACCCAACCUCGAGAUUUAAACAAGACCCAGAUUCAAGAACAUGGCAUCAUUAUGUAUACCAGCCCAAAUAUCUGGAUCAGCAAAAGUCAGAAGAACUUGAUAGAGAGAAGAAAUUAAAAGAGGAUAGUCCGAGGAAAACUCCUAAUAAAGAGAGUGGUGUGCCCAGCCUUCCUGUAUCAUUAACAAGCAUUAAGGAGGAGCCCAAAGAGGCCAAGCGUCCUGAUUCUCAAUCAAUGGAGGAGAGCAAGCUGAAAAAUGAUGAUCGAAAGACUCCUGUGAACUGGAAGGACUCUCGGGGAACAAGAGUGGCUGUCUCCUCACCCAUGAGUCAGCAUCAGUCAUACAUACAGUACUUGCAUGCUUAUCCUUACCCACAGAUGUACGACCCCAGCCAUCCUGCAUACCGGGCUGUUUCUCCCGUCCUAAUGCACAGUUAUCCUGGGGCCUAUCUCUCUCCAGGAUUUCAUUAUCCUGUUUAUGGGAAGAUGUCAGGGAGAGAAGAGACAGAGAAAGUCAAUACCAGCCCUAGCGUCAACACGAAAACAACCACUGAAUCUAAAGCACUGGAUUUGCUCCAGCAGCAUGCUAACCAAUACCGCAGCAAGUCUCCUGCUCCUGUGGAAAAGGCUACAGCUGAGCGGGAACGGGAGGCAGAAAGGGAAAGGGAUCGCCACUCCCCCUUCGGCCAGCGGCACCUGCACACGCACCACCACACCCACGUUGGCAUGGGUUACCCGCUAAUCCCGGGUCAAUAUGACCCUUUUCAAGGCUUGACCUCUGCUGCCCUUGUUGCCUCUCAGCAGGUGGCUGCCCAGGCAUCUGCAUCUGGAAUGUUUCCUGGACAAAGAAGGCCUGCUCAUAUCAGCUUGUCCUGAACAUAUGCAAAAAGCCUGCAGUGCUGACACAGUGCAAAUUAACUUCAUGGAGAAAUGGGAGUGAAGAGUUGUUUACAGCUGUGGUCCCCUUGAAUACAGAAUAUUAAAAACCAGGUAAUAGGCUCCAUACAGAACCAUUUAUUCCUAGAUUACAAUCUCAGAUGACUUUUUCAUGGAAACUUGCCAUUGCUGUUCAGCCCAGGUCAUUAACACUUGCAGAGUAAAAAGUGUGGCCUUAUACAUUCACACUGGCUGUGACCCUGAUUUAGUGUGGUUUCAGCCCAAGGGUCUGUGAGUAACCAGAAUGAAUAGCUCUGAUUGAUGCAGGAUAAAAACAGCAGUUUAAAUGAUAAUUACUGGUCAUUUCAUUCCUUCCCUGACUCUGAAAGAGACAAGACAGGCAAAGCCAUUUAUUAUUGUUUUUGUCACUAACCACAGUCAUCCAUUCCCUGCUUCUUGCAGUAGCCUGAGUCAUAAAUGUUGUUUACUUUCAGUUAACUUUAGAAGAGAAAACAAAGCAAAGCCCCCAGUCUGACUUUUCAUUUUUCUUAACAAAAUCACUCUUUAAAGCAAGGGGUGAGUUCUCAGCCUUGGCACUAUUGACAUAUGGGACCAGAUAAUUCUUUGCUGUGGGGGAACUGUUCUGUGCAUUGUAGUAUAUUUAGCAGUACUCCUGACCUCUACUCUGGAGAUACCAGUAGCAACCUCCCCAACAAAUUGUGACAACCAACAGGUCGUAUGAAAUUUAGAACUCAUGCCUAGCCCCUGCCCCACAGGUAGAGUGCUGAGUUCUAUCGUUCUUUGUUGCUUUUGGAGAUAGGAAAGCCACCGAUGUUUCCUUGUAACUCGAUGUAAACAGAAUGGGGAUGCUCAUUUGACCAAUGUGGAUAAAGUUGGACCAGACCUCUAGAUCUUUAAAAAGAAUUGGAUGACCCAGAUUUUAACAUAAUAAUUAGUAGUUCUUUUAGGUUGAAGAUGAAUUCAAUUUUAAAACCACAUCUGAGGGCUGGAUUCGUUUCACAGCACAUCAAUUAGCAGUGCUAGCCCACUAAAAAUACAUAUUAUUUCUUCUGGAAUGAAGGCUGUCAGUGGAAAACCUGGAAAAAAAUGGAUAAAUCUUAAUUGAGUUGCUGGGAUUGAACUCAGAUUUUCUUCACACAGGGAGAGGCAUUUUUUUCAUACACAGGAACAAACUUUGAGAGAUUCUCACAUACACUAUACAUUUCAGUGAAGUUUUUUUUUUCACUUAGA